CAAAAAAACAACAAAAACCAAUUAAACCAUCGUGAAAAUUUGCAAAAUUCUCCCCGUAAAGUUGUUUAAAAUUCCUUUCAACUUGUCAAAAUCACAAAUUUCUGAUGCGCAUUUGCGAUCGCAACAACUUUUAGACAAAAAUGGUCGGUCUAUCGAACCAAAUAAGCGAAAAUGAAAACAUACACUUGGAUGGCCGUGUAAAAGUGCAAGGAUUUUACGGAACAAUAAAGUAUGUGGGCGCCGUCGAGAACCAUCCCGGGAUUUGGGUAGGCGUCGAAUGGGAUGACGUAUCACGCGGCAAGCACGAUGGCGUCGUCAAGGGCAUUCGCUACUUCCAAACGUCGCAUCCGUAUUCGGGCACACUGGUUCGCUUGGAGAAACUUCUCGGCGACUUUCAAACUCUCGAAGAGGCAAUCAUCGAUCGUUACUACGAAAAAGACGAAAUUGUCCUGGAUGAGAGUUUAAUCAAGGAAGCGCGUCAAUUUAUGCACGCCCCGCUGCUCGAAAUUGUCGGCAUGGACAAAAUUCGCCAAAAGCAAAGUCACUUGGAUGAACUUUGUGACGUUUCGGUUGCAGGAGCUCCAAUUAAUCGAUGCGGCGAUCUCACUCGUUUCCGUCAAAUCACAAAUUUGGAUUUGUCGUCAACUCUCAUCUCGAAUUGGGGCGUUGUCAUGCAAGUCGUCGAGCAACUGAAAAACUUGCAGUAUCUCGAUUUAUCGAAUAAUCGCAUUCGAGUGCCUGCCGAAGCAGAAAUUUCGGAAUUUGCGAGUGUCGCGAACAAAGUCAAAGGUAUUAAUUUACGAAACAAUGGAAUUACAAACUGGCAUGAAGUGCUAAAAAUCGCAAAAUUGUGGCCCAAUAUUGAAUUUUUGUCGUUGCAAGACAAUUCUGUGGGCAAAAUCGAGAAAUUUACAAAGGAAAAUGUCUUUCAAAAGUUGGAAAAGCUGGAUUUGCAAGGAAAUAAAUUGGAAAAUUUCGAAAAUAUCGUCAAUUUGGGACAUUUGAAGCAACUGAAGGAACUGCUUUUGAGCAACAACAACUUUACCGAAGUAAAAAUGCCGGAUUGUAACUACCAACAGAAACUCGAUAUUUUUGUGGCAUUGCAAAAAAUCAACUUACGCGACAAUUUCAUCAAAGAUGACAUCGCAUGCUUCAAUGAACUCGACAAAUUAGCAUCUCUCGAGAAUUUAUCGUACUCCACGAGCACCGGCGAACGUUACGAAGAUUGGUCUUACAAGGCAAUUGCUCUGAUAACGGGACUCAAAGUCCUAAACAAACGUCGAAUUGAGGACUCGGAUCGAAGAAAUGCGGAAAUUGACACUUGGAAGUUGCUUUUUGAGAAAUGGUUUGAACUGAGCGAUGACGAGAUCGGGCGUGAAAAAUUUCUGAACAAAUUUCGGGCAUAUCCAAAGUUGUUGCUAAAGUAUGGAACGCCUGAGAUGCAUAUCGUUGGGGCAGGAGCAAAGAAAAAAUCUGGCACAUACAAGAUUUUGUUGGAGCAUUUGGGAUCUGGGAAGAGAAUUGAGAGGAAAUUACCGUCAAAGAUGUCGAUUCAGGCGUUGUAUGGGCUCAUCAGUAAAUUAUUCGCGGGAGUUUUGGAUGGAAAUGAUUUUGGAUUGGAAGCAGUUGACCCGAGAUGCGAAAAUAUUAGAGUCCCGUUAGAUCCGUCGUCAAAAACUAUUGAUUAUUAUUCCAUUAAAGAAGGAGACACAAUAUUAAUUCACUAAUAAAACAGAAAAUCUGCUAAC